GGAGAGAGGAGCAAAGUGAGAGAAUUGGAGAGAGAGAGAGUAGGAAACAAAAGAGAAGAAUAGAGAAGCUGAGGGGGAUGAGGCCGGGCUUAGAGAAGGAAGAGUACUAGAAGCUAGGGAGAUUAUUGCUUGAAGGGAGGUUCUUCUAGCACUGAGAAGCCUAUGGAGAUUGUUCACCACUUGUAUGAAUUUGGGUCGGUGGAAUACCAUGUCCAGUCUUCUGCAUCUGAUUCCACAUGACACCUACUUGUCAAUAGCAACCCCACUACUGUCCCAAGCAAUCCUGCACUCACAUGGUCUUUCACAUUACACCAUAGAGAUGAUAAAGGGAAUUUGUUCUGAUGUUUUGGAGAUUGUUGAACCUGCAAGAGAGGGAUAUCAGCUCACUCUAAGACUUGAUCUUGCUAAAAUUCCACUAGGCAAAGGUUUGAUCAACACUUGUAACUCAUUCUAUUGUGACCAAUUCACACCAAAUUCUCCAAACAAACCCAAAAUGUGGACUAAAAAUUGGCCUGGAUGCUCGUAUUGCCAAGUGGAGGGCUCUUAAAGAGCCAGAUGCUGCUUCCUGGUUGGGUGGUCAGUGAAUCAGGUAGUGGGUUGGAAAUGCAAUGGGGUGGAGACACUUGUUGGAGAAUAUUCAGAGGGGUUAUUUUCUGUUAGA